UUUUUUUUUCCUCCCCCCCCCCUCCUGACGCACGCCUGGUAUGCAAACAUAAAUUUAGCAGCAACGUGUUUGCCGGGGGGGAACGCAACAUCCGUGAGCGACCGUGGAGUUGUCAUGUCGUCUGCGGCGCUUCUUGGCUGACUUUUGCCUCUUUUUUUUUUCUUCCUCCCCCUCUCUCCUGUCCCUCUGAGUGAACCGGAGCCAGGGCGCAGCGCCGCGCCGCAGAGGGAGAGCGGACCCUUCCUCUCCCCGAGUGACCGGGCGGACCGGGACGCGCGCACACGGGCACACGGGCACACGGGCGACCCCGUCCGAGGUUACCCUCGCUGAAGCCGUCGGCGUCAUGGGGAUGAGAGGGCGCUGCCUGUUCGCCACCGGACUGCUCCUUGUCGCCUGCGUAAAGGUCGCUGUGUGGGCCAACGAUGGGGACGCAGUGUUCAUCAGAGAAUUCACCCUGCAUCGACGAGACCACCUCCCCGAAGAGCCUCUCCAUGACAGCGUCCAAAGGCCGGAGGACCCGAGCUCACGUACGGCCCGGUCAGAAGAGGACCGAGACACGCUGUGGGAUGCCUGGGGCUCAUGGAGUGAAUGUUCCCGUACCUGUGGAGGAGGAGCCUCAUACUCCCUGCGACGGUGCCUCAGCUCCAAGACCUGCGAGGGGCAGAAUAUCAAAUAUCGCACAUGCAGUAAUGUGGAUUGCCCCCCAGAGGCUGGGGAUUUCCGUGCCCAGCAGUGUUCAGCCCACGCAGACGUGCGAUACCAGGGUCAGUACCACGAGUGGCUGCCUGUGUACAAUGACCCGGACAACCCCUGCACUCUCAAGUGCAAAGCCAAAGGUUCGGGCCUUGUGGUGGAGCUGGCGCCCAAGGUGCUGGAUGGGACCCGCUGUUACACCGAGUCCUUGGACAUGUGUAUCAGUGGAGUCUGCCAGAUUGUAGGUUGUGACCAUGAGUUGGGGAGCACGACAAAGGAGGACAACUGUGGUGUCUGCAGUGGAGAUGGCUCAUCCUGCCGACUUGUGCGAGGACACUACAAAUCCCAGCAUGCUUCAGGAAAAGCUGAGGACACAGUUGUCGCCAUCCCCUAUAAGAGUCGUCAUGUGCGUCUAGUUCUGAAAGGCCCGGAUCACUUGUAUGUGGAGAGUAAGACUCUACAAGGGGUCAAAGGUGAACUGGUCUUUGAUACAUCAGGGCAGUACCACCUGGACAACACCACCUUGGACUACCAGAAUCUUCCCGAUAAGGAGAUCCUGCGAAUCGUUGGCCCGCUUGGAGCGGACUUCACAGUCAAAGUACAGUUUACCAAUGGAGCAGACAGUGUGAUCCAGUACAUCUACUACCAGCCCAUCAUCCAUCGCUGGAGAGAGACCGACUUCUUCCCAUGCUCUGUCACAUGUGGUGGAGGUUACCAGCUGACCUCGGCAGAAUGCUUUGACCUGCGCAGCGGCCGAGUGGUUGUGGAUCAGUAUUGCCAUUACUACCCAGAGAACGUCAAACCCAAACCCAAACUGCAGGAAUGCAACAUGGAUCCUUGCCUGGCCAGCGAUGGCUACAAGCAAAUCAUGCCAUAUGACCUCUACCACCCCCUGCCCAGAUGGGAAAGCAGUCCCUGGACGGCCUGUUCCACUUCCUGCGGCGGGGGCAUCCAGAGUCGCUCAGUGUCUUGUGUGGAGGAAGACAUGCAGGGAACCAUCACGCCGACUGACGAGUGGAAGUGUCUCUACUCCCCUAAAACGCCCAUCCUGCAGCCCUGCAACGCCUUUGACUGCCCCACCUGGCUGGCGCAGGAGUGGUCACCCUGCACGGUGACCUGUGGACAGGGCCUGCGCUACAGGGUGGUGUUAUGCAUCGAUCACAGGGGACUCCACGCUGGAGGCUGCAACCCCACCACCAAACCCCACAUCAAGGAGGAGUGCCUGGUGACUGUGCCCUGCUACAAGUCCAUAGAUACGCUCCCCGUUGAGGCAAAACCUGUGUGGCAUAAGCAAGCAAUAGAGCUGGAGGAGGAGAUAACAGUGACGGAGGAACCAACGUUGUUUAAGGUCAAAGUGGAGCUGAAUGUGAGAGAGAAAAAAACAUCUCUUUGGAAACCAUUGGACUGUUCAGUCACUAGCCACCAGCAUUACCUCAGCAAGCCCUCAGAUGUUCCAGAUGUUCUUGUCCCACAUAUCAGUUGACUAAUAAAGGCUGUCCUCUAAAGAUGGACAAUGUUUGGACCCUACCCAGUGUCUUGCAUGACUUGUAUUUGUAACCAUGUUAGCCAUUUCAAAACAGCUGUUGCUUUGACUUAUCUUUGGAGCACGAUGUGGGAAGAGAGAGAAAGAGAGAGAGAGAGAGAGAAAAACGCCAAAACAUGUGAUUAUUUCUCUAAUGCAAAAGAAAGAAGAAAAAAAAAAAGCACAUAAAUAUCUGUGUAUAAUAUGCGGUCACUCGCAAGCCAACAAAAAUAUCUGCCUACCAUAUGGGGCCAGGUUACGGAUGUGAGAGGAAGUAGAAGGAAAUUCCUGUGUUAGAAUUAUUGCACUUCCACUGCCAGGCCUUUUGCCUGCCCUGAACCACCACUGUGCAACUGCUUGAAAAAUUAAACCCAUCUAUGUCCCAUGACUUGGCCAAGUUUUACUUUAUUUUUCUUCUUUUCUUUCUAUUCACAUUACCACUACCAUGAGUAAAUAAAAUGUUUCCAGUGAUGGAAAUUUAAUUGAUAUGAUUAGACUACGGCUUUGGCAGAUAUUACAAAAAAGUGUUGUUUCCUUCCGUGAAUGAAACCAAGAUUGUUUUUGAACUGACAGAUGCUCUUUAACUGCACAUGAAGAUAAACAUUUCUUCGGGUUCGCAUGUUGACUUUGUUGUUCCCGUUCCAAGGUCCAACUGCCGGUGAUUCAUUUGUUUGUCCAAAAACACAGUGAGUCCUUAAGAUCUCAUAACGAGCCAGGUUUUGCUGUAAUUAUGAGCUCUUUAUUGAGGCAUGUUAUAAAACAGCAGGGUGCGCUUGUGUUGUGGUCACGUACUACUUGGCCAAGGAAAAAUGCUACACAUUGGAACAGGCUUCUUAGUGUUACCUCUGUGAUUUUACAUGUACACUGCUGUAGAAAACUGAUGUGGUACUUUUAAUAAUGUGCAGUACUGGACCAUUUCAGCUCUGGUAAAUGGACUAUAUUUAUAUACUGUAGUGCUUUUCUAGUCUAUACAGGACAAGUCAAUUGCCUCAGACGGCAAUUUAGGUUUAAGUGUCUUGCCCAAGGACACAACGGCAUGUUGGCUUGGGGAAGCUGGGAUCAAACCGCCGACCUUUGGGUUAGUGGACAACCGACUCCACCUCCUGAGCCACGGCCAGUAGAAAUGGUUGUCUGUGUCAGCUACACACAGAGAUUAGCAAAAUUACUGACUUACUCAUCGUAUUGAAUUCCAAGUCCAGGUGAGAUUAAUACAGUGGAGCCUUAUCGUAACUGAUGUAGAAGUGGAAAUCGGGAAUUUUGCUGAUUCCCAUUGUUCUUUAGUUCAGGUCAAAGAGAUCCUUAGUCACUGACCGUAAGCAGGUAAACCAUUUUUUUUCUUCUUAUUAGCAUUUAAAUGUGCAUCAGUAAGCAACUACUCCACCAUUCACAAUCAUAAGAUCGUUCUGUCUUGAGUUAGUGUAGCUGGUUUGGAGAUAUAUUUUCUUUUUCAUUGUACAAAAUUAGACUUCAUGAUUCAUGUUUUUUUCAGUCGACAGGGGAAAGUCCCCAAGGGGAAAUUCAGUAACCUCUGUUUUGCACAGUGACAAUGGUAAUUCAGCGUAGUCCAUUCAGCUUGUGGCUUUGGUCUUAAAGACUCCUUUGUAUAAGCACUAAUUUAAGAAAAACAUUUUUAAUACUAUAUUGGCGGAACAAAUCCAAAUGUGGUGAGCUCAGCCCUGAACAGGGCAUCUGCUGAACACCAUGUGGUGAUGAACUGGGGAAGCCUCUCACCCACGCAUGUCCUGCUGCCUUUGGCUCACAUUGUCUGCUGUCAGCUCUUAAACUUGCUGGUGGAUCUGCAACAGAAAUGGGCAACCAUCUAAUCAAAGCCAUUUGGACCAAAGAUGAAUAACAGAUAAAUAUUGUGAGAGUAUCCGGUGCAUGUAGUGUUAAGAAUCCUGUUUUCUCUUUGUAUUUCAAUAUUUUCACAUGAGGAUUCUUCCACUGCUACAUCAUUGCGUGAGUAGUUAACGAACGAAAGAAUGACAUCGGAAAAGCCUCUGUGAUCUCCUCAAACACCAGGUCUAAACAUCAUUGAACCAUAGUGGAAAUUCUGGAAAACAUGGUGUGAUGUAGAUUUCCCCUCCUUGAUCCUUCGUAGAGCUGAGCUUUUUAAUUUAAGCCAGUGGUUUUUUUUAUGUGCGUUCCCCAGACAGUUACAAUCCCACUGAGAGUGUCAAUUAAAUCAGAAGAUCAAGUGGGCUUUUAUACAUCUGUCCGUCUCACACGUUCUUGCUUUAU